GUCAGUACUGCAUCCACUGAGCAGGAGGAGAGGGCCAUACAUGAACCCUGAGCUCUAACAGUGCACGGAGAGCGCUAUUGGGAAGAAUCUGCGAUCGUUUAUGCAGCGUUUCCUGGACGCUAGUGCCUUUCUUUUGUUGCCGUCAGUCGCCGGGCUGCAGGAGGAAAACCCGGGGAGGAAUCGCCUCCUUGAAGCCCGAUCGCUCGGUGGCGGAAAGGACGUGAUAUGAACCCCUCAUCGGCUUAAACAGCAGUGCAGCUAAAUAGCCCCGUUUUCAGGGGGAGGGGGGGGGACUUAACUGAGGGAUCAAAAGAAGACAUUAAUACCUUUUUAACCUGCAGCAGAAGGCCGAAAAAUAGCCACGGAACCUGUAGCGAUGCCCGGGUUUGAUUACAAGUUUCUUGAAAAGCCAAAGAGACGGUUCCAGUGUCCGCUCUGCAGCAAGGCGAUGCGGGAGCCGGUCCAAGUGUCUACCUGUGGACAUCGGUUCUGUGACACCUGUCUCCAAGAAUUUCUAAGUGAGGGCGUCUUCAAGUGUCCGGAGGACCAGCUCCCGUUGGACUAUGCCAAGAUCUACCCUGACCCCGAGCUGGAGCAACAGAUCCUGGCUCUGCCCAUCCGCUGCAUCCACAGCGAGGAGGGCUGUCGCUGGACCGGCCAGAUGAAGCAGCUGCAGGGCCACUUCUCCACCUGUGCUUUCAACGUGAUACCCUGCCCCAACCGCUGCUCAGUCAAGCUGACGCGUCGCGACUUGCCCGAACACCUGCAGCACGACUGCCCGAAGCGCAAGGUCAAGUGCGAGUUUUGUGGCAGUGAGUUCACCGGUGAAGCCUACGAGAACCACCAGGGCGUGUGUCCUCAGGAGAGUGUAUACUGUGAGAACAAGUGUGGGGCGAGGAUGAUGCGUCGUCUGCUGACCCAGCACGGCCAGGCCGAGUGUCCCAAACGCACACAGCCCUGCAAGUACUGCGGCAAGGAGUUUGUCUUUGACACAAUCCAGAACCACCAGUUCCAUUGCCCUCGGUUUCCUGUCCAGUGCCCAAACCAGUGCGGCACACCAAACAUUGCCCGAGAGGAUCUGGCUAACCAUGUGAAGGACAACUGUGGCAGCGCGCUUGUUCUCUGCCCUUUCAAAGAAGCCGGCUGCAAACACAGGUGCCCCAAACUGGCUAUCGGUCGUCACCUGGAAGACACCACUAAGUCCCACCUGACUAUGAUGUGCAACCUGGUGGGGCGUCAGCGGCAGGAAAUCCUGGAGCUGCGGAGGGAGAUGGAGGAGCUGUCCGUCAGUCACGACGGCGUUCUCAUCUGGAAGCUCAGCGACUACUCCCGCAAACUCCAAGAGGCCAAACUCCGGAGCAACCACGAGUUCUUCAGCCCGCCCUUCUACACUCACCGCUAUGGCUACAAGCUGCAGGUGUCCGCCUUCUUAAACGGCAAUGGCAGCGGCGAGGGCUCCCACCUCUCCGUCUAUAUCCGCGUUUUACCUGGAGAGUACGACAGCCUGCUGGAGUGGCCCUUCUCCUACAAGGUGACUUUCUCCAUCAUGGACCAGAGCGAUCCGUCGCUUUCCAAACCCCAGCACAUCACGGAGACCUUCAACCCCGACCCCAACUGGAAGAACUUCCAAAAGCCCAGCAGCACCCGCAACUCGCUGGACGAGAGCACCCUGGGCUUUGGCUACCCCAAGUUCAUUUCUCACGAGGAGAUAAAGAAGAGGAACUACAUCCGAGACAACUGCGUCUUCAUCAAGGCUUCGAUAGAGAUUCCCCAGAAGAUAAUGGCUUAAGAUCCUACCUUUGUUUUCUUUUUAUAAAGGAGCGAGAUUGGUAAAGACUGGAACUGAGACACUUAACUUUGAACACUUCUACACACUUACCCUUUAGAUACUUUCUGCCCUUCCAACCUCUCAACCACAGAGCUUGAAUCGAGUCUGUUAGGCUGGGUGAGCUGACUCGGAGGACCUUGAUGUAUCACAGAGGAGAAAAUGUUGGGUCGGCAGAACCAUCACUGUCUGCUGUUCCUUUUUUAUUACGUUUUUUUUAUCUGUUUGCUGACCUUUUAUCACAGUCUACAACAAAAAGCCUUGGAAAUCAAACAGUGCCUAGAGAGUUUAUCUUAAGUUAUAUUUUUGUUGUUAUUUCUGCAGUACAUAUGUUAAAGAUUAUGGAAAAGAUAUUGAAAAAAGGUUGUGAAGGGUUUCUGUAGAGAGAAAGUUAGAAGCCGGUGAGAGAGAUGUCCCAUUCGGAUGGUUUAAAGCAGACUCAAGCUCUAGCCCAACUGCCUUUUGUUUACAUGCUCAUACAGUAUACUCCCACUGAUUCCUGAACAAACACAUAGCCCUUGCUUAGAGACUGCUCGUUCUGUACACAAAAUACAUUGAAUUGAUUAGAUUCAACCUUGGUUAUUUUUUGUGUUUUAAAAGGAAUAGUAUUAUUUUUUGGUUUAGUGUAAUAAGAAGAUCAAUACCACUUUACAACCAUCAGCCGGAUAGCUUGGCCUAGUACAAAGACUGGAAAUAGCAAGGCUGGCUUUUUCAUAAGGGUAAAAGAAUCCACCUACGAGCAUUUGUAAGACUUACUUACAUUCACCACUUUAUAACUUGUUUGUUUAAUACAUAAAAAAGUAUUUAUUGUCAGAGCCAGAACAUCUGAUUCAUCCUGUUUCUAGCCUUUAUGCUAGGCUAAGCUAACUCGCUGAAAGAUAUGUGGUAACAAUUUUCAUAUGAGCAAAUAAAUGUAGCCUGUUUCCCAACAAGUCAAACUAACUAAAAUGAAACAUGCUGAUGCUGAUGCUGAGAAAAUCGGUACCGGUUUAAAAUCGCAUGCACCAAAAUGCAACUGUCAAGCUCAACCGAGGCUGUUUAGUUUUUUUUAUGUCAAGUUGACAAGUUUUAACCCAUUUAAGCUACAGAUCUGUUUCUUGUAGUUACCUGCUCACCCACAGGAACUGUCUGUGACCGUAGUUUGACCCAGUCGUAAAUAGCAGCAGGAGGAGUGUGCAUUGAUAGUGACCCUAUGAUGCUUCGUAUUCGUUUAAAAGUACACCAAUAGGGGGAAAAAAGCACCUUUCGACGGUCAUUGGAUGAGCAAAGCAGACAAAGAGGCCAAUUGUCCAAGUACACGUGCAUUUAAUAGUGAAGGAAAAGCCAUGUGGCCUUUUUAUACAGUAUGUCUUCGCAUGAGGGUUUUAAGGUGAGCAGGGCAACAUAAACACAUGCAUGCUACCACCUAGACCACAUUUUUGUACUGUAACCUGUAUUCUUGAAAUCCUCUCCCAUUGAUGGCUAUUAUGUCUCUUUUUUUGGACUGUUUGAAAGUUGACAAAAUGUCAAAAAAGUUUGUUUUGUUUUUUAUAUAUACAGAAAAUGUGAACGCUGUCGGUAAUAUAACCUAUAAAGACAAUGAACACUUGUCUGUGAAGUGAACUGUUUUACAAGCCCGAGCAUGGGUGGUGUACUGUUGGAAAAGAUAGUAACGGUUUCUGCAAAUAUUUGGGUGUUUCGGGACUACACCUUUUGUUGUUUCCAUGGUCCCCGGUGUGUAUCUUCAGCUCAACACACAAUUUUGCAACGGAAAACAAUUGGAGGGAUGUGUGCUACACCGUUCUCCAUCACAGCACCAUCAGACAGGUGGAGGACUCUGUCGAUACAGUACACUACAAUCAUAUGUGAUGUAAAAAUGCAGAAGCACAUUCUGUCAUUUUACUAUUAUACAUGGAACAUUUCCUUAUUUCUUGUCAUAAUACCAGCUGAUAUUUUACAGUGAUUUAAAGAAGGGAGAAGAUACAACUUUUUUGUAAGAUUCUGUAUUUUUAAAAAUACUUAGCUGUUUUAUACAAACGCUUUUCGUUGGAGAGUCGGGGUCGACUUUGGGAAUUUUCAUACCCUUUUGUCUCUUUGGACAUAUGGAUAAUUUGUUUGUACUUGUGGUUUGAGCCUCACAUAUUCUGUCUGUAUUAUUUCCUCUUAAAAGUAUUUAUUUUAAAGAGCCUUCAUGUGAGUUUUCACAGAUGGCACAAAUUCUUUAAUAUGUUGAUUGAUGAGUGCUUGUCAAUUUCUUAAAUGAAAUAAAAUAACAUAUAUUAUAA